GUAUUAAAUGAACUCAGCGUGGUUUACAAGGUGAAGAAGGGCUGCUAUUUAUAGCAGCAAUAAAUGCGAUGAGAGUACACGUGUCAACAAUCCAACGGCCGAGGGGUCACAUCAAUCGGGUGGCACUGGCAGUGGCAUGUUCACCGCAUUGAAUGCGGUGGGUGGAUGUGACGUCGUAUUAAAUGUGGUGGUUGGCUGUCUCCAAAGGGAAUCUUCGAUGAUUGAGCCUAUUUGGCCGAGGGCUCCUCGAGUAGCCGAGGUCUCUGUUCUUCACCCGAGGGCUUCUCUAAUGCCGAAGGCUUCACAGUGCCGAAGGCUCCUGUUUUCUUCCGUUUUCUCCCAGUAGCUUGUAUGUCGGAAAAGUCUAUGCUGUGAGUUUUGGAGCCUUCGGCCAAGGAGGCCGAAGGCACCCCAGUGUGUACUUCGGGCUUCUUUGAGCCUUGGGCCGUUGUAUUUGGGCCUCUGAUGCUCCCUGGGCUUAAUGGUUUUUGUGGGAGAAGCAGGAGUCUAUGGGCCGGGGGUUCCUGGGCCAUAUAUUCCAUCAACUAUAAUGACUUCUGCACUUUCAACCAAACACUUCAACUUCUGCUUUAAGAAUCAGAUCCAAACAACCCUCGGUAAUAUAGGAACUAUACACACACUAACACACGGAUGUGGAACAUUUUACAUAGUCUUAAGAGACGAAAGAGUUGGCAUAUAGCAAGACUGAUAAUACGGAAACGUAUGUCAUCAGAGGCUUUAAGGCUUGUUUGGUUAUUUACGUAUUACGGAGUAUAAUAUUGCAUUGCAAACAAUCGCAUGUAAAAAUUAGAUAAACAAACCCUUUGAACAUAGAGUUUUACCUCUCCACCACAUAAGCUACUUUACAUGAUGCAAUGUUUAAAACAAAUUUUCUACAAUUUAUGUUAAGUAAUGAAAGUAAAAUUAUGACAAAGUUAGUGGAACAACCAAAAAGAAAAGUUGACAAAAUUUUAAUGAAUGAAAGGAGUAUAAUAAUAAUCUAAAUAAGUAAAGUUAGAGUUAUUUUUAUGACUGAAUAUUUUUAACUAUACACACAUACUCCUAUAUUUCAUUAAUUUAGUUUCUUUAAUUUAUUGAAAGAAUAUUUGUUAUUUAACUUUUUGACAAUUGAUCGAAUACAUUCAGUCACUUAAAUGUUUUCAAGGUAACUUAAAUUCGAAUGUAUUAAGCCCAUUUAAAUAACUUUAGUAUUACUAAGAAAAGAUGACACUCCAUCUCUAGAGAUCCCUGUAAUCGAUCGAACAAUUAUUUGAGAUGAUGCAGUUGAAUUUUGAUCACAUUCUGGAAGGAAGGAAUUACAUAGGUUUCAUUCUAAGCGUGGAGUUGAACUCGAGAUCUCUCCCCCUAUAUACAUAAUCUUACCAGAUGAGCUCCUCCCCGGCCCCGUUAAUAGCAUUAGUAUGACUAAACGAGCUAGGGUCCUAGUCCUAGCCAGUCAGAUUGCUAGCUAUUUGGCUUGCUCUAUUUAUUUACGGACUAUAAAUGAAAACAUCACUAGAGCUAGACGAGUUCCAAAUAGAAGAGGAGCGAUAGUGCGGGUGGAAGGAAGGAGUUACAUACGUUUCCGGCCUACACUACCUCGCUAGCUAGCUGCAAUUCCUUAGACCAGCCGUCGGACGACCACCGGAGUGGAGAACAAAGAUGUCGUCCAAGGGAUGAAAGGUGCGUUGUGGCCUUUGGACGAAAUAGAUCCAAAGAACGGAAAGUUCCCAUGUUGUUUGGUUUGGACUCCCCUUCCAGUAGUGUCAUGGUUGGCUCCUUUUAUUGGGCAUGUUGGGCUGUGCAGGGAGGAUGGGGCAGUGAUUGACUUUACGGGUUCUGGCUUUAUCAAUGUUAACGACUUCGCAUAUGGCGCUGUGGCCAAAUACCUUCAACUAGACAGAGAUCAGUGUUGUUUCCCGUCUAACCUUGCUGGGCAUUCGUGCAUUCAUCGGUACAAGCAUGCAGAGUUUGGAACAGCUAUUAGUUGGGACGACACGAUCCACUCCGGCAUCCGCCAAUUCGAGCACAAAUCGUACAACCUCUUCACGUGCAACAGCCACUCCUUCAUUGCCAACUGCUUGAACAGGAUGUGCUACAAGGGAUCAAUGAAUUGGAACAUGAUCAAUGUCGCGGCUCUUGUUUUGCUGAAGGGGCGAUGGGUCAACCUCCUCUCAGUUGUGAGGGCAUUUUUCCCUUUCGUGUUUGUAGCUUGUUUGGGCAUUUUUAUGGUCGGGUGGCCUUUUUUUGUUGCGUUGUUUUCGUUUUCAUUUCUCAUUCUUGUAUGGUUUGUUUUGGGAACAUACUUCUUCAAAAACAUAUUGGAAGACUAAAAUAAAAGAGAAACUCAUUGUAUUUCUCCUGACUUGUACUGUGACUAAACAUUAUACCUCGCUCGACACAUCCGAACAUGUAAUCCUUUACUCAAAUAAAAACAAAAAAUCAUUUUCUUUCUCCC